AGCUGUGGCAGGAGCUCGAGCUUGGAAGGCCGGGGGUGGGGGGAGCCCAGGCGUGCAGGGCGAGGAGCCCCAAGCCCCCGCGGCGAGACGUGUCCGGGGUCAGCGGAGGGCACAGCCCCGGCUGCGGCGCCGCCCCGCCCUGCCCCGGGCUCCCCGUGCCGAGCGCAGCCGCCGGAGCGAGCGCCGCAGCAGCAUGGCCGGGGCGCUGCCGGAUAAAGUAACUUCGCAGGCAGUUGUUACUUGAAAAUGAAAACAGAAAGAAAAUCUCUGAAGGGAAGAAGGGGUGUGUUGAAACCACUAGCUGCAGCUUGUUAUAUUAUAAAGUUGUGAAAGGAAAUGUUGUGAGAAAUGUGUAUCAGUGCCGGUGGGGUAUCAGAAAGAGAUGGCUUUGCUACUGAAUUUCCUGAGCAGCAGGUGAAGAUGUCAAGCCAUUUAUUCCUGAGAAAGCCAAGGAAAUUGUGAUGUCUCUGGAGGAACCUGCAGUCUUCUGUAACAUGGUUGGUGACUGGCCGGCCCUGAACUGGAAUGCAAAAUACCUUUCUGCGGUGUUGGAUGGAAAGUCAAUCCAGUUUAGGCUGGGUCUGAAGACGGUGGAUUUAGUUCCCCAGUUUGAGACCAGCUGUAGCUAUGUGAAGGCUACACUUGAAGAGUUUUUGGCAUGGAGUUGUGGGCAGCCCUGUCUCUCUGGACCAUUCAGUUGUUAUGAGUACUCUAAAUAUUGGGCUUACGCUGACUACAAAUACAUUGCCAGGAUAUUUGAAGACAAGCCGGAAGUUUUCCAGGAUAUAAGGUGGUCUGAUUUUGGUUUUCCUGGAAGAAGUGGAAAAGAGAGCACACUGUGGAUUGGUUCCGAAGGAGCAAACACACCCUGUCAUUUGGACUCCUACGGCUGCAACUUGGUGUUGCAAGUACAAGGAAGGCAAAAAUGGCACCUCUUCCCACCUGGUGACACCAGUUUCCUUUAUCCCACUAGGAUCCCUUAUGAGGAAUCUAGCAUAUUCAGCAAAGUCAACAUUGCCAACCCUGAUCUGAAAUGCUUUCCGAAGUUUAGGAAUGCAACAGCCCAUGUCGUUAUACUCAGUCCAGGACAGGUCCUGCUUGUUCCAAGGCACUGGUGGCACUAUGUGGAAUCCAUUGAUCCCAUAACUGUCAGCAUAAACUCUUGGAUUGAACUGGAUGCAGAUCAUGAAGCCCGUGUAGAAGAAGCAAUAACUCGAAUGCUGGUAUGCGCUAUAAAAUCAGCAGAAAAUCCCAGUGAUGGAGAUUGCUGGCUAAAUCCCACAGAGGUUGAGGCAACAUCCCAUGAAAUCAAUCUUCAGUACCUGAAUAAAGCAGUGUCUGCGUAUUUCAAGUGUCAAAAGGCAAAUGUGUCAGAGCAGGCCAGUUCCAGCAGCACUGGUGCAGAGCAAAGGACAAGUGCCUCGUGCAAGAGGAGGAAAAGGGAAGGCAGCAGUGAAAGAGAGGGCUGCAGUUUACUAACCCACGAACUUGGCUUUUCAACAAUUAAAGCAGGAAAUGUACAGGAAAUACCUUUUGGGCCUCAUCUUAUUCAAGUUCUACCAGUGUCUCAAGAAACAAGCUCAAUGGGCGCAGUUGCAGUUGGAAGUGACAGUAGAGAUCUUCUGCAUGAAAAUGAAGGAGGACACAUUGGAAAGUUACAUUGCUCCAGGAAGCAACUGGUAAUGAACAAUGACCGUGAAACACCUGCACAUCAAAUGGAUUCAGACAGCAGUCCAAAUGCCUCACAAACAGCCCUUUCUACCGACGAUUUGCUGGACUGCUUGGUUAAUCCGCAUGUCAUCAGUUUAGUGGCCAGACUGCUGCUGGAAAGAAGAACAGUUUAAUACUAGAGUGCUUUAUCAUUUCGGGAAUAAAGAAAUUAA